CCUUGAAGGUAACCACUCCACUAUCUUGCCGCCCCCGGCACUAACAUUUUGUGUCCCCACCACACCCUCCCUUGGGGCUGAAUGGCUUGAAAGCCUACCGCCUCCCCUCUCGGACGUCGCCCAGCGGACUUCAGCCUGAGAGACACUUCGCAACGGUUUUGUUAUGCUUAGGAAUUUAUUAGACAAAUGGUGUAUGGUGGUGUUCUCAACAUGUCUACGGGAGCAAUACUCUGCAGUGUAUUGAUCUACGUGGUCCUGAUUCAGUGUGCACAAUGCUGUGUUCCCUCCACUAUCCAGGCCCAGGUGCCAGUUGAGGUGAAGCCUGGCUAUGUUGUCUCUAAAGUCAAUGUUGGUGACUGCAGCGCCAGGAGAUUUUACUUUUCCGUCUGUGACCCCGACUUUGCCGUCUUGCCGGACGGGACCAUUGUGACGGCGCGGGUGACGCGGGUCACCUCGGAGGGCAGGACCUUCUGCGUGUGGGCCCAAGACCAGAGGCACCACCGCUUUAAAGUGGAUGUCACCCUCACUCACACUGAGCAGCCUCACCUGCCUCAGCAGAAGACUGCCGUUCUGCGGCGCUUCAGGAGACGCUGGAGUCCUCCUCCUAUCUACCUGCAGGAGAACGCUCCCCCUCCGUACCCUAAGGACCUGGAGCAGAUUGGGUCAGACUCCAGUCAGAACCAGACGGUGUACUACACCAUCAGCGGACCGGGCGUGACCACACACCCGGUGGAGGUGUUCUCAUGUGAGCGGCACAGUGGGUUGUUGAGGGUCCACCGACCACUGGACCGAGAGGAGUUCCCCAUGAUUGUUUUUACAGCUCGAGUCUUCAACAAAGUCACCCACAAGGAGACUGAUCUCCCCCUGCCCAUCACAGUCCACAUUGAGGACGUCAACGACAAUGCACCAGAAUUUGUUGGGUCCUUGCUCUACACUGUGGAAGAACACAGUAAAAUCGGUACUGUGGUUGGCCAAAUAAAUGCCACUGAUAAUGAUGAGCCCAAUACGUCUCAUACCAAGAUCAGAUACAGCCUGCUGUCCAGCACAGAUCUGUUCCUCAUACACUCCUUCAGUGGAGUCAUCACUACCAAAUCAACUUCUCUGGACAGAGAGACUCAGGAGAAACACCUGGUCACGGUGGAGAUCCGAGACAUGGGCGGAGCAACCAACGGUCUGUCAAACACAGCGACUGCUACCAUCGCGCUGACAGACAUUAAUGACAAUCCCCCUACGUUUUCUGAGACUAAGUACAAGGCCCGAGUUGAGGAGAACAAAGGGAACAUACUGGUUCUGCGGAUCCCGGUGGAGGACAAAGACGUGAAGGAUACACCCAACUGGAGAGCCGUCUUCAAGAUCGUCAAAGGAAAUGAAGGAGGAUAUUUCAGGGUGGACACAGACCCCAAAACCAACGAGGGUCUUCUCUACGUCAUCAAACCUCUGGAUCAUGAGGAGGGGAGUCACCUGAUGCUGGAGAUGGUGGCCGAGAACGAGGCUCCUCUGGUGGGCAGUGGUGCCUGGAUGCAGGUCCCUGUGGAGCUGACGGUGGGGGAUGAGGACGAGGGUCCCGUGUUCUCGCCGCCCCUCCUCCGUCUCCGAGUCCUGGAGAACAUCCCCAACGGCACACUCAUCGGCACCUACACGGCCGUAGAUCCAGAGACUAAGAACAGCGAGGGCAUCACAUACUAUGAAAACACUGAUCCCGCCUCUUGGAUAAGUGUGGACGAGAGCACAGGAGGACUGAAGACCACAGACACGAUCGAUCGAGAGUCUACAUUUGUCUCCAACGGCAUGUACAACAUCACGGUGCGAGCUGUGGACACAAGUAAAAAGCAAGGCAUUGGGACGGUGCUGAUUGUGAUUGACGAUGUGAACGACAACAACCCAAAGAUCACGGUCCCGGACCAGAUUCUGUGUGAGAAGGACGGUGAGCUCGGGUCCAUUACUCUUCAUGCGGAGGAUGCUGACGCCAGACCGUAUGGGGAGCCCUUCACCUUUGAACUAGGGGAGGAGGCAGAUGGAAAAUGGAAGCUGAAGGAUGCCAGCGGCACUUCAGUGGUGCUUCAGCAGGCCGUGGCUCUGCCCUUGGGUGUCUACAGCAUCCCUGUGGUGGUGAAAGACCUGCAGGGCGUCGGGGAGGUCCAGAUGGUCAACGUGAGACUGUGUGAGUGUGCGACGGACACACCGGGAGAGGAGGUGUGUGCAGCGCUGAAGCGCUCGGCUGUUUUGGGGACCUGGGGGGUGCUGGCCAUGCUGUUGGCCCUGCUACUGCUGCUGCUGCUGGUCCUGCUCUUCGUCUUCAUCUGCUCCACUAAGAGGGAAAAGCUGUACCUCGACGACGGUAGCGGAGGCAUGCUGAUAAAGUCUAACACAGAGGCCCCAGGGGAGGAAGUGAAGACAGACCCAUUUCUGCUGGUGUGCCCCAGUCCCGUGGAGGGGGACGUCCCGUUAAAGGGGCAGGCGGUCGACCUGGGCGGGGGCAUGGGCGUAGGUAUGGGCCCCGCGCCCCUGGGUGGGGGCAUUUGUGGGGGUCUGGGUGGGGGUCCGGACCAGCAGCACAUGUACCAGGAGAACGCUUUCCACACCUCCACCCGGGAGUUUUCGGCCGAUGGACAGACCAACAUCUACACCUCUGGACAAUAUGGCCAGGGUUUCUAUGGCGACGCAGGCUUCGUCAACUACUCUGGGGCACUUGAUAUGUGGAGGAGCAACGAGCUUUACCUGGACCAGAAACUGGUCUACUUCUAUGAGGAGGAGGACGGGCGGUUUGCGGAUGAUCUGCUGAAGGAUUAUGGGUACGAGGGGGAGGGCUCGUCGGUGGGGUCGCUGGACUGCUUGAGCCAGAUGGGUAUUGAGGAGGACUCCCUGGACUUCUUGGACACGCUGGGUCCUAAGUUCCGCCUUCUGGCAAGCGCCUGCACACGCAAGGCGGACAGCGAGGAGGAAGAGUGAGGAGAGAGGGAGGUGUCGGAGGAAGGGAGCAGAGGGAGUGCACGAUGAUGAAGAACAGAUGAGGCAUCUGUUUUCAUGGAAAACGACUGCGGAGGUCAGAGAGGAGUGAUCUCACCACGAAAGAGAUCUCGGGACGCUUUCUAACCAACAUGCUGACACACACUGGAUUCAACAGGCUGCCUCCUCAAACUACAUGCUUGUGUGUGUGUGUGUGUGUGUGUGUGUGUGUGUGUGUGGGUGUGUGUGUGUGAGAGAGAGAGAGAGCGAGUGAGUGGGAGUCAAUGUAGAAGAGGAUAAAGAGAAAGAGUAAGAGAACACAGAGUUGUUUUGAGUGACCUUCACUGUUUUCUUUUCUAUGUGAAUGAUAUUACUGUAUGUGACUUACUGACUGACUUAAUUACUCCUAUUAGUGCUUUCUCCAGAGAACUGAAGGAAUAAAUCAUGAUCAAAUAAUUUUCACUCAGACCCCAGAUGAUCUACUCAAAGAUUCAAAGCUAUUCAAAAUAGCUUGUGCCUUGUGUGUGUGUGUGUGUGUGUGAGAGAGAGAGAGAGAGAGAGAGAGAGAGGGUGUGUCAGGCAACUCUCUGUGUGUUUAUUUGAAUUAGAUACAUGGGCACCAUCUGUGCAUGUAUGUGUGACUACUAUUUGUCAGUGUGUAUGUGUAAUCUGUGUAGACGUGUGUGUGUGUGCGUGUGUGUGUGUGUGUGUGUGUGUGUGUGUGUGUGUGUGUGUGUGUGUGUGUGUGUGUGUGUGUGUGUGUGUGUGUGUGUGUGUGUGUGUGCGCGCGCGUGUGCGUAUAUCUCUGUGUUUCCUCAUAUGAGUGAGUCUGCUUGAGAACACCAAGGGAGUGUACACUGUGGGAAGGGGGAGUUUCCUGUUCGGGGCAUGCGAGUUUUAGUUCUAUCAGAAAGACUCGGGGACAGACAUGAUGAAAGUUAACAUAUAUUUUAAUCCAUCAAAGGAUUUACAAAUGACACAAGCAGCAAUGAGAGUCUUUGGCAUAGGCCCCGUCCUCAGUCCAGGUCGCUGUGUGUGCAGACCCUUGCAGAUCCUGCCGGAAUGACGGCAGGGGGGCGGAGCCUUCCCCCUGGACACUGGACGAGGCCAAACUGGUGGUGGUUAGGGAGGGAUGGUGGGGCAUCGAAAAAUCGGCACCUGAAAGCGGAAAGCAGGUGCAAAGACGUGUCAUUUUAAAGACUGAUGCAGACUGAUGAUUGGACGAAAGUAAUGAAUGAGAAUUGAGUCUUCCUGACAGAACUUAACGCUUACGCUUCCAUUUCAAUGCCUCAGUGAUCUGUCAGAGAUCAUGUGAGUACACUUAUCUCUCAUUGGUAUUACAGUCAUGGACUUUGACCCCAAGAGCCCCACCUCCUUCGUUAGAUUGAACUUUAACUUUAGCUGCGAAGCCUGCAGUUUUAUGUGGGGGAGAAUGUGGUGUGAUUUGCCUGCAUUGGUGUGUGCUUUGUCCUUAUGCCUUUUUAUAGAAUAAUACUUCCGCACUGGUAAAGCAGCCAAUAUAUGUAGUUUUUUAUUUUCAUGCUGGACUUUCAAAUAAAAAAUUCAACUUAGUUGA